AUGAAUGUAUCAACAGCCUACAUAGCGGCCUCCACCAAUCGGUUCUAUCAAGCUGCUGACGCCUCAUUGACAUCGCUCAUCGCAUUUGGCUCUGCAAAUUUAGUUUGUCUCUGGGACCUCGUUGCAGAUCCUGAUCCAGGUUCUUACCAGACGUUACCAGGCCAUGAAGGAACCGUGACUGGUGUCAAGUUCAUCUCAAAUGUCUCGCUUAUUACUGCAGAUGACAAGGGAGUGGUAAUGUAUUGGAGAAGAGAUGGGUCUCAGUGGAGCUCGAGUAACGUUCAAGCACACCCAAAAGCAAUCUCAUCGUUAUGUGUCCAUCAUGAGUGUCUCGCGACCGGCUCUUCUGAUUCUUCAGUAAAGAUUUGGAAAGUAAGAGCAGGUAUCUUGAAAACAGAUGAGGUCGUCGAGGUCCAGUCCAUACCACUGAAGGGCAUAUAUCCACUGUCUGUCGCACUUUCUUCCCUUCCUCAGUCUGAAAAUCUUAUCCUCGCCAUUGCAUGCACAGACCGGAAUAUUCAAAUCUGGACAAGGUCCGAUGGCACAUUUAUAAGAUCUGCCGUACUUUCCGGGCAUGAUGACUGGGCCCGAUGCCUAGCGUUCCGACCUUCUCUUCAAGAAGGCGAGUCUUUGCUUCUCGCGUCAGGAUCUCACGACACGACUAUCCGCCUGUGGAAUAUCGAACCUUUCAAGCGUGAUGCAGUGAAAUAUUCCGCGACAUCUGCAGACGCUCUGAAUGAUGAACUUUUGGAUGCUUUCGAAGCUUCGCUAGGCGAACUUGCUGAUGCUGAAGAAGGUGGCCGACAGAUUUCUCUGAAGCGACAUAUUUUGACCAUCAAGAAGUCUGCCUCCAGUUCUCAACAGUUCUCAAUCACUUUCGAUGCACUCCUUAUUGGCCAUGAAGCAGGUGUUACCUCUCUCAGUUGGCGACCAGCAACAUCAGAUUCGUCAACAACAACUCUACUAUCGUCGUCCACAGACUCUUCCGUUAUCCUUUGGUCUCCAUCACCAGUGCUCACCUCUUCACAUGACACUUCUACCGCCUUAUGGAUCAAUCGGCAGCGAUUUGGUGACAUUGGCGGGCAGCGCUUGGGCGGUUUUGUCGGGGGUCUAUGGGGCAAAGACGGUUCUGAGGCAUUUGCCUGGGGUUGGUCGGGCAGCUGGCGGAGAUGGAGGUGCUCUGCCGAUGAAAAGGAAACUUGGACUGAAGUGCAUGCGAUCAAUGGGCAUUGUGGGCCCGUUCGAGGAAUCUGUUGGAGUCCUGAUGGCCAGUUUUUGAUAUCAGCUGGAUUGGACCAGACCACCCGCAUACAUGGUCCUAUAACUCACCCAAAUGGUCACACAACGUGGCAUGAGCUCGCUAGACCGCAAGUCCAUGGGUACGAUCUUUUGGGGGUAAACUUUUUAGACAACCUCAAGUUCGUUAGUAUUGCGGACGAGAAGGUGGCGAGAGUGUUUGAGGCUCCUCGAAGUUUCAUAGAUGUUGUGGAAGCGCUAGGCGUUGCGCGAUUCUCCGAUGCCGAACAUCAACGUCCAUCCCGAGCUGGUGUUCCGCCGCUGGGUUUGUCGAACAAAGCAACCACUGAUGCGCCUAUGUCCGUCGAUGACAAUUUCCCAUCCACCCGGCCUCUAGAAGGUGAACUUGCCGCUACUACACUUUGGCCAGAAGUAGAAAAGGUAUUCGGACAUGGAUACGAGUCCAUCACUCUGGCUACAUCCAACUCGCAUCGUAUAGUAGCGAUUGCGUGCAAGUCAACGUCACCAGAGCACUCUGUCAUUCGUAUUUGGGACACAGAAACCUGGCAACCGUUCGGAGAGCCUCUCGUCGGACAUUCGCUCACUGUCACUCGGAUAGCAUUCAGUCCUGACGACCAAUUUGUACUGUCUGUUUCCAGGGAUAGAACAUGGCGACUAUUUCAGAAGGACAAUUCGACACAGUAUUAUGGCGCAGUAGCUGCGGAAAAGAGUCACUCCCGAAUUAUAUGGGACUGUGCAUGGGCUCAUGAAGGCGAUGUCUUUGUUACGGCGUCUCGCGAUAAGACGGUAAAAAUAUGGCAGUCUGAUACCAACAGAAAAUGGAGAGCUAUUGCUAAUAUCAAAGUUGCGGAGGCUGCAACAGCCGUGGAUUUUUCGACCGUUGACAAACAAAAUAGACGGUACCUUGCUAUCGGCCUUGAAACUGGAGAAAUACUGCUGUAUUCAAACACAAUCCCAACGACAGAUUGGAUGUAUCAACUGACAAUAGAUGCCGGUAUGGCACAUGUCAAUCAUGUUCACCGCCUCAGUUGGCGACCAACCCCGGUUGAAGCCCCUCAGAAAGAGCUGGCUAGCUGUAGUGAAGAUGGUACAUUGAAAAUAGUGAUCGUCCACAUGAGUAUGGAUUGA